GUAGCUGAUUGGUUGGGAGAUGCAGUGUGAGUUUUUAAAUCCCUUAGCGACAACACAGCGUUAGAGUACUGCAUGGCUGCCAUUGUGAAACUGUAAGACAACAUGAGGAACAGCGAGUUUGACUCGUCGGAUGAAGAGGAUGCCGCGGAGGAACAGACCCCGCUGCUGAUCUCUUGGUUACCUCUGUCAGUUGUGGAGUGGUCCCAGUUCCUGGGUAUAUGUGCUUUGCCAGGAUGCAAAUAUAAAGAUGUUAGAAGAAACUUACAGAAAGAUAUAGGAGAGCUGCGGGGCCAGGGUGUGGAAGAGGUGUUUGUGUUCUGUACCCGAGGGGAGCUCCAAAAGUACCGUGUACCCCAGCUAAUUGAAGUCUACAAGCAACAGGGCCUGAGCGUGCACCACCGCCCUUUCCCAGAUGGGGGCACCCCUGAGCUGGAGCAGUGCUGCCAAAUUCUGGAGGAGCUGCAGUACAGCCUUCAGAACAACAGGAGGGUUGUCAUGCACUGCUAUGGAGGUCUGGGUCGCUCAGGGUUAAUGGCAGCUUGUCUCCUGCUGCAGUUGUCCGGCUCAAUGACUCCUGACAAGGCAAUAGAGAUCCUCCGUGAGCUAAGGGGAGCUGGGGCUAUACAAACUGUCAAGCAAUACAAUUUUUUGCAUGACUUCCGGGAAAGAUCUGCAGCCUAUCAAGCAACCAAAGAAGUCGCCGCAGAGAGGUCCGUUUCACGAUGAAUAGCCAAGAUCUGCGAGGUUGCUGAAAUUUGGUGCUUGUGUGACUUGAGAAUGUUCCACCUUGUGUUAAACACAACAAAAAUUUUCUUUUAUUUGGAAGAAAACAGCCACAUAUUUUUUGUUCAUGUAUGAUUGUAAUGGGUUCCUUUAAUGUUUGCAUGCACUUUCUUGCUUUGAGCACCUUAAAAGUAAAAAAAAAAAAAGCAAUAACCUCUGACCAGUUUAAAAACGUGUAAAUUAUUUUUAUUGAAUUAGUAAUAGUGGCUAAAUGUAUUUAUUUUCUCCCUUGAAAUGAAACGUAAGUGUUUAUUUGGUGAAUGACAAUGGAAAGGUUGUUUCUACAUGUUCAUCAUUUACAAACCCUGCAUGAGACAGUGAUUCUAUCUUUAUGCAAUUUUCAAAUUUUUAAAUGCUGUAAUUCAGCCUAUAAUUUUUAUGCUAUCACAAUGUUAUACAUUGUUUACUGUAUGUAUGCUUUACAUAUUAAAUUCUUAAUCAUGGUA